AAAGAAGAAACAUGUGAAGUCUUGAAGGAUGAAGAAGAGGAGUGCGAGGAGGAGGAACCUGUAGAAAACUCAGGGGAGGAUGAAGAAUAUCUGCAAAAAGCCAAACAGGCAAUCACCUGUCGCAGUGUUACCCUCAACACCUUAAUGGAAGAUGGAAUCAUUAGCCACGGCAAAGGGGUUUUGUCCAUUGACUAUUUGGGCCAGAGAUUUGAAGCUGACCUUCUGGAAACUGGAAAGAUCAAGUGGCAUGGAUCUCAGGAAGAGUUCAACACCCCCAGUGCCUGGGCCCUGCACUGUAAGAGACUGGUGAACCCUAUCAAGAGGUCUGGUUGUGGGUGGGCUUCGGUGAAAUACAAGAGCAGAAAACUGGACAUUUGGAAAAGCAUGUGGGCAAGGAAGCACAGGACUGUCAAUCCUUUUAAAGUAAGUAUCAUCUUCCUCUACCUGCUGACUCUGGUCAAGUGUGAACAGUUUGAUCAACACAGCAAGAUUCAGCCAUUCACAGUCUCCAUCACCAGCAACACACUGUUGUUGAUGGACUUUCACUGUCACCUGACCAAAUCUGAGGUUGUAGGCUACCUGGGUGGACGAUGGGAUUCUCACACGCAGCAUCUCAGUAUUGAGCAAGCAUUUCCAGCCCGCUGUCGUCUUGGAGACAAAGACAGGGCGCCACUUGUGGAAGAGGAGAUUCGUCGAAACAUGAGGCACAAGAACCAGAUGGUUGUUGGUUGGUACCACAGCCAUCCUUACUGCCAACCAGACCCAUCAAUCCGAGAUGUGGACUGUCAGAUGUCCUAUCAGUUGAAGAUGAGAGGCUCUGGAUCCAUGUACCUCCCUUGUUUGGGAUUUAUCAUCUCUCCUUUUGAAAAGCUGCCUCCAAAACCGGACUCAAAAAUACAGUCUUUCUGGGUCAUGCCAAACUUGGAGCACCCAGCCUCCUACAACAUCCCCAUGCACAUUUCAUACUCUGUUGUUCGAGACUCAUCCCUGACAGAGGACCUGCUCUCAGACAUGAAACAUCUGACAGAAUUCUACCGACUUGCUGUGGACAAGGUCAACCUGAAGGAGCACUGGGGCGAAGCCAUCACAUACAAAGAUAAGAUCAAAGCUUCUCUACGCAGCAAGCUGCCGGAAGACCAACUGGACAGUGGUACUUUUCUAGACUAUGUGCAACAGCUUCUCACUGACAUGAGGUGA